AUGGUACACCUUGUGGCUGUACCAGAGACAAUCACGGCAAGUGGCUGUGCUUGUGUCUUUAUUGACACCAUCUUCCGACUUCAUGGGUUGCCCCGUGAACUCGUAUCAGACAGAGAUCCACGAUUCACUGCUGAUUUCUGGCGUUCCGUGUUCAAAUCACUCGGAACGCGCUUGAAGAUGUCGACAUCUGAUCAUCCAGAGUCAGAUGGUCAGACGGAACGUGCCAAUCGUGUCCUUGAAGAGAUACUUCGAGGAUACGUACACUCCUUUAAGAGUUGGAGUGAGUUUUUGCCGAUGGUAGAGUUUGCCAUCAACAACUCGGUGCAUGCGUCCACGACACAUACACCGUUUUACGUGAAUGGCUUGCGCCAUCCGCGUGUACCCACCUUACUAGAGUGUAACUCUGGUUUAAGGGGGGGAGGGACUCGCGCGAGCAAAAACCGAUUUGGUUCACGCUCAUCACGCUCUGACGAGGAAGUCAUUGCGUUUGAUGCCGAUAUCGAUAACAUCGAUAUCGAAGAAGAUGAUGCCAGUGAGAGUGCGGAAGCCCUCACUGAAGACAAUGAUGCCAGUGAGAGUGCGGAAGCCCUCACUGAAGAAAAGGUUGUUGUUGCUGCAGUGCGCUCACAGCACACUGAAGCUAACGAGUCAUCAGAUGAGUUCAUACUGGCUCGUGAAACGGUAGUCCGUUUUGUGCAAGACUCCAUCGCCGAAGCGGUGACUUAG